GAAACCAACCAACCAACCAACCAGUCAUCGGUCCUUCCAAUUAGUCGUCGGUGGAACGGACGAGGAUGUUGCGGCGGUUGUCGCGGGUGGCGGAUUCCUCGCAGUACGAGGCGCUGCGGCGGCGGCGGCCGUGGCAACGCAAGGAGAGGCGGGAGUCGGCGGCGGAAGGCCACGUGCCGGUCUACGUCGGGGAGGAGAUGGAGCGGUUCGAGGUCCCGACCCGGUUGCUGAACCGCCCGGCCUUCGUCGAGCUCCUCCGCCUCUCCGCCCAGGAGUACGGCUACGACCAGCGCGGCGUGCUCCGCAUCCCAUGCCCUGCCCCGCUCUUCCGCCGGCUCCUCGCUACCGAGGAAGGGAAAUCGCCGCCGCCGCCGCCGACGGCGGUGGCGGCGGCGGCGGAGGAGGAAGAGCUGCUCCAGUCUUCGUUCGACGAGUGGUUCCUGUCCUCCUCAGAUCCGUGCUGAACCGGCGAGUCGAAGCGGGGAGCUUCGCUGUAGAUAAGCGGCUGAGGUCGCCGGGGAAGGGGGGUGGUUGUGCAAAAUAAUGCUUCGAACCAUUGUGUUUGGUUACUGCACUCUUUCCGUCUUAUUUGUCUUCUUCAGGCAUGCGAAUAUAGAAAAAAUCUAAGACUUUGGCGUAUGUGUUCGUCUCAUGA